CGCCCUCCCGCAAACUAAUCCAAUUAAUAGUGGGUGAGAGUUUGUGUGUUUAUUAUUCGUCUGCAGUCAUGAUUUACUCGAAUUUUCGCCCCUGUCGAUGAUUUUGCCGAAUCAGUCGUGAGUCAAGAGUGUGUUUGUGUCUCCCCGAGAGUGCCGAACGAUGACCUGGUCCUGCUGAGAACCGAAAGAGCCGCAAAUCUGCAGCCAUGAUCUUCGAUUGAUCAACGGCUGCAGAAUGUACCCGCAGAGUCCUCUGCCGCGCCACAUCACGGCCCUCUACAUGGUGGCCAUCGUGAGUCUGGUCAUUCUUUGCCACGCCGCCCUUGCGGGGGCCGACGUGCUCGUCUUCAGCCGCGAGACCCACCGGCCCAUCGAGGACCUCGAGUUUCGCGACCUGCCUGCCAGAUUCGGCGAGAGGCUUCCUUUCGAGGGGCUCAAGGGUUUAUUGGUUUACUCAAAUCCACCGAGCGGAUGUCCGAACCUGGAGCAGCCGCCGAAUGUAACAAACUACACUGGCCAAUGGAUUGCCCUGAUCAGAAGGUACGACUGCAAUUUCGAGGACAAAAUUCGGAACGCCCAAAGGGCUGGUUAUGAUGCGGUCAUUGUCCACAAUGUCAACUCGAGCGAUCUGGAAAUCAUGUCGGCCAACUACUCGGCUGAUAUUUACAUCCCAUCUGUUUUUGUGGGCGAAGAGGCUGGCUGGCUGCUGCGAGAUAGUUAUCAGUAUCAGAGCGGAUUUUAUAUUCUCAUUAAUGACGAUCUCCCAUUCAACAUCAACACGCAUUUGCUGCUACCUUUUGCGAUAGUCGUAGGGAUAUGCUUUUUAGUAACACUAGUUUUCAUGAUCGUCAAGUGUGUAAAAGACUACAGAAGAGAGCGCCGCCAUAGAUUGCCAACAUCGUCGCUCCGUCAGAUUCCAACAUCCAAGUUUGUUAAAGGAGAUCCUUACGAGACUUGUGCCAUUUGCUUGGAGGACUACAUUGAGGGAGACAAGCUGAGAAUACUGCCGUGCUCUCAUGCGUAUCACAGUAAAUGCAUCGAUCCCUGGCUGACCAAGUCACGCCGAGUUUGCCCUGUCUGCAAACGGAAGGUUUUUGCCCGCGAUGAGAGAAUUAUGUCCGACACUGACAGUGACACCGAUGACGAAACUGCACCUCUUGUUCGUUCCUCCAACAAUCCAGGAACAACCGGUGGAGGCACAUUUUCCCGUCAAAGAGACAAUCCGUUCCGUCGAGCCAUGAGACGCAGAGACAGACGUAGCAACACUUCUUCCGAGGACAGCACUUCGGUUUCCUCUGCAGAAGGCAGCACCACAGGCAAUAUUGCAGUUGUAAAUGCUGAGCAAAUUGGCCAGAGCAGCAACAGAGAUGAACUUACCACCAUGAAUUCGUCAACAGAACACUCAAUUAACGGAGAGCCCAGCACGGAGCAAAUAGUGGUGGUGACGGCAGAAAACCCCAUGCCUAGCACUUCAGCAAGAGGACCAGUCGAGAUCGGCCACGAAGUCAACCCUGAAGUGGCAGUCCAGCAAGAGGAGCAACCAAGCAGGAGAGGCGACGUCAUCGUCUAAUUCAGGUCUCCUUUUCCAUUCACAAAGAAAUGAGAGAGCCCCUUGAUCAGAAACCAUUAUAUAAUAAUUUUUCUCAUUAAUUUUGACUAAACCUCUCUCACACUGGUGGUGAGAGGCAAAAUUGAUCAGUUUUUAACUCAAGUAGUCACAGAGAACACACUCAAGUUGAAUUAUCGUAAAGUAGUUGACUGUGUGGGGAGCACCGGACAGUGCUGGACUAGUCUGAUUCGAACGUGCUGCGCGUCGUAAAUUAGCAAACAGCAACCACUAACCAACUCCCUUUCUUGAAUUUCUUUCUGUUCGCGUCCUUUAGUUGCCAAAUGUAAAGUACAACAACCUUUUUUUUUAUCUGAUCUUGUUUAGAGGAAUGAAAAAAUUGUGUCAUUCGGAUAUUUUUGUUUUACUCCACGUGAUUACUAACUAAUUGAUUAGCUGACUGAGAUUUGUAUGUGUGUGUCCAAGGCCUUUGAAUAAGGUAGUAAAUGAUCGUGGGACUCGAUGUGAGUAUUCUUGUUUUAUGCAACCCUGUUUUUGGCCUAAGAUUUAGAAAUAUAUUCUCAUUUCGAGUCUCAAGGAUAAAUGUUGAUGGUGCAGGUUGCUUCUGAUUGUGAUUUUAUUUAAAAAAAAUGAAGGGAUUUUAGCUCUUUAAUCUUUCAGUCCGUUUGAUGUAUCACCGAUUAUUUUAAUCUUAUUUUUAAGGCAUCAUUAUUGUUGCAUCUCAGUGCAUGUUAAAAUCGCAUUCUUUUGGUUUUAAUUGGCUCAAGGGACCACCACUCCAUUUUCAUUCUUGUCCCAACUCUUCUCUCUUCAAAUCUAAUGGGUUCUCAUUCAUCCUUAUGGAGCCUCUGCCCAUUGAAGCUCAUGUUCCAGCAAAUGAUAACUAUUUAGCAAAUUUCUUUUCCGUCGAAAUUCAUUGAUUUCUGUAUUGUGAUAAUCACAGUGUUAAGCAAAUUUAUUGUUGAAGAUCAAAUUGAAUUGGUGAAUCAUCGUUUUUGCUAUUUAAUGCUAAAAUAAAUUUAAUGUGUAAUCAAUUAAUUUAAACAAGGCCUUGCUGCUGUAAUGAAAAUGUGCAGUGAGUUGAAUGAUCACCAAUUUUUAUUAUUAAUCUUACAUACGCACCUGCCUAUUGCUGAAAAAGAGUUAUAAAAGAAUAAUUAAACCAACAGUUAGUACCACAGAGCUAUUUUAAAUGAAAUGUCGAAUUAUCUUUGUACCGUCAUUGAUGAGGAGAAAUAAACUUUUGAAUGUUGUAAAUAGCUGAA